AUUAUUUAUAGACCGCCGUCAUAUAGCUUGAAUAUCGCUGAGUGCGGCGUUAAACAACAAAAAACAAACAAACAAACAUAAGUGAACGUUGAGUAUCACAUCAGCUAAUGUUGAUAAUUUAGUUUCUGACAUACUUCGAUCGUGUUCACUCUUCCCACCGUAUUGAUCCCGUGAAAUUCACUGCUUGGCAGCCAGUCGAUCUCAAGUUGCCUACGUGAGAUAGGAGUGUUGGGGUUUGUUCGAUCACUGUAAGAUGGAAGUGUUUGGGUUAGGCGUCGUGCUGAUGCUGACCAACAAGAUGUCCGUAGACGAUCACCUUGGUCCAGCCACUGUUGUCGACGGCGUUGCCGAUUGCCUUGUCCACUGCUACCAGAACGUGACGUGUUCUGGAGUGUUCUAUAAUGACGUUGAAAAACUCUGCUUCUCAUCUCUAAAGGUCCAUAUUACACCAAACCGCUUAGUCGCUGCUUCGGGAGUCAAGCAUUACGGCUUCACUGCAGCGGCUUGUCCAUAUGCUAAAGGUUACACCUAUUUUAGAGGCGCCCAGUUCUGUAUGAAGAGAAUAACACACCCACAUACGGCGAACCGUUCCAUGGCUGAGCUAAAAUGUAGGGAGGACGGCGGAAGGCUUGUUCGUCCACGUCGACCCAUCCACCAAAUUGUCACGUUCUCUUCUUACUUUGGAUGUUUCUGGAUUGGCGGAUAUUGGGAUGUGAGCAACGAUACCUUCUGGUGGUCGGAGGGAGACGAAAUUACGUACACCCCUUGGCAGCCUUCACAUACAACGGCAACGUCUUCCAGGGUUAAUCUAGCAUCAUGUGAAAGCGGCUGGAAGAGUGUGAACCCCAUCGUUGCACUGACGUACAUGUGUGAAAUACCCUUUGAAACACACGUGUGCCCACCAUGAUGGCCGUUUGUCAAACCAAGUGGAGUGUCACAAACACAUCACGUCAUCACCCCUGGUGAACUGUGUUGGAUUUGACGACAUUUGGAACAAUAUUUCAGCUUCAGUCGAUCCUCGUUGUGUCGAACUUGGAUUUAUCGAAUUCUCGGUUCUGUCGAACUCACCUUCCAGUGCUUUUGGAUUCUUCUAUAUUGAUCAUACAUACUCGGAUGUGUCGAAUUCCCGGUUGUCUCGAACUCAAUAAUUUGGGAGUGUACAUGUUUAUCACGGCGAGAUGUUAGCCCAAAGUGAUGCAGUUCUUCUACAUUACAUUUACCCCUUGGUUGUGUAAUUCACAACAAUGGGAAUGAUGCUGACCCACCUAGAAACAGACCCGGGUUAGAUUUCAUCUUCAACAACCCAUAUGCUUGUCUAGAGAGGCGACUCUUGGCGCUGACUUGGUUGAUGCAUGUCAUCGUAUCCCACUUGCGUGGAUCGAUGCUCAUGAUAUUAAUGACUGGAUUGUCUGGUAAGGACUCAGUUAUAUACAGACCGCCGUCAUGAAGCUGGAAUAUUGCUGGGUGCGGCGUUAAACAACAAACAACAUGAGAAGAAAUCCUCAAAGUACACGUUUAUACUGUCCUGGAGAAAACAUGUUCCCGUGCGGCACUGACUAUCAUUGAAAAUAUUGAAUAAAUGCAAACAAAAAACGAUUUUGCAACAAAACAAUAAUUGCGGCAUUAAACAACAAACAAAAACAAACCCUGGAAAUAUCGUGGCGAAUCUGGGAUCCGAACACGCGAUCAUAUGAUUCUAGGUCGCUCGGCUAAUAACGUCGCCUCAGAUGACCGAUUAUUCGUCAAAACUGACAUUUUCGUUAUCCAUGCAUUUAAGAUGCAUGAUUGUAUAAGUUAGUGUUGUGGUAGGCUCGCUGAUUUGGUUGAUGCCUGUCACCGUAUCCCAAUUGCGUGGAUCGAUGCUCAUGAUGUGAAUCACUGGAUUGUUUGGUCCAGACGCGAUUAUUUACAGACCGC